AUGGCCGGAAAAUCCCCAGAAAAAAGGCCCAAAGGCGGCACCCACCGAGGCCACCACCGCCGCGAAAGCUACGCCCGCCCCGAUCCCAUCGACGUCCUCGACAACACCCCCUUCGGCGGCGCCUACCACCACACAGGCCCCUACGAGGCCACCCUCGCCGCCAACAAUAUGAACAAGAAGUACUCCCCCGUCGCCGCCGUGCACGAGUCCAACAUGGCCGCCCUCAGGGCCACCCCGCGCGAGUACGUCCAGGACUCGCUUACGAAGCACGUACCGCUCCAGGGAACGGCUACUAUCCCUCCCGGCGAGCCCGACUUUAAUGGAGAUAUCAUGGACUAUGAGGAUGGGGCGGAUUUGAUGAGAGAGCCUGACGCUGGUGGCGGUCCUUAUAGGAGAUGGGAAGGCCUCUCUUAUCGCCCCGAAGACCUCAAAGGCAAAGGCGAACCCUCCUACACUUACGAAGAGUCCGAGAAAGCCCGCAACCGCCUCCGCAAAUCCUCCCUAGGCUCCUCCCCAGCCGGUUCCUCCUAUGAGAUGCAGCCCCAACGUCCCGCGCGCUACUCCGAUUCCCCUUCCAAACGCCUCUCCAAGACACCUUCGGUGCAGGAGAGGAAGCGGAGUGUCAGUGACGUGGCCAAAAGCUCUUCCGCCGUGCAGGAGGGGGAAGUGUCGAGUUACGCUGGCUUGAGGAGACGGUGGGGGAGCCUGAGGAAGAAGAGUGGUGGGUAG